AUGGCGCUCCACAUCCCCUUUCUCUCGCGCCUGCAUAUCCGCGAAUAUGUGGCGCUGGUGUUGUCCAUGAUCCUUAUCGGCCUCGAGUCCUUUAUCGCCGUCAUCACCCUUGCCCUGCCUACGCCCAUCAUCAAUCUCUGCUACCGCCUCACGCGCCGCAUAUGGAACCAGCUAUCGUCGCCGUCCUCGAAGCGAUCCCGCCAACGCAAAAAGGGCGUAUGGAGUGCCAUUGCCAACGCCAGCGACUUCACCGAGCUGUGUGAGCUGUAUGGCUACUACUGCGAAGAGCACAUCGUGCAGACAGGGGAUGGCUACCUCCUGGGCCUACACCGACUGGGAUGGAAGUCAGGGGAAGAGGGAACGCGGGUGAAUAGUGGUCGAGAAGGAGGCGUCAAGAAGAAGGUCGUGUACCUGCAUCACGGUCUGAUGAUGAACAGCGAAGUCUGGGUGUGUCUAACGGAACGCGAACGAUGCCUGCCGUUCGAGCUGGUCGAGAGGGGCUACGACGUGUGGCUCGGCAACAACCGCGGAAACAAGUACUCCAAGAAGAGCGUACACACUGCACCGACAUCGAGUGCCUUCUGGAACUUCAGCAUGGACCAGUUCGCUUUCCACGACAUCCCCGACUCGAUCGCCUACAUCCUCGAGACCACCCAUCAGCCGUCGCUGUCGUACAUUGGCUUCUCCCAGGGCACUGCGCAAGCAUUUGCGACUCUUUCAAUACACCCGACGUUGAAUGACAAGGUGGACGUCUUCAUUGCACUGGCACCAGCAAUGUCACCCAAGGGCGUCGCGUCUGGAACCGUCGACUCGUUCGUCAAGGCGUCGCCCGACAUUCUUUACCUCGCAUUCGGACGCAAGGCGAUUCUACCAUCUGCCACCAUGUGGCAGUCGAUCCUUUACCCACCCAUUUUCGUUCGCCUUAUCGACACCUCGCUACGCUUUCUGUUUGGGUGGCAUGCAACCAAUAUCUCGCCGCACCAAAAGCUUGCCGCGUACCCGCAUCUCUACUCGUUCACGUCAACGAAGAGUGUUGUACAUUGGUUCCAGAUCAUCCGCAAUGGCGUCUUCCAGAUGUACGAUGACGAAGCGCCCAAUCCUGUCAUGUCAAAUCGCUCCAAGUACUACAAAGUCGCCAAGUUUCCCACAAAGAACAUCAAGACGCCAAUUGUGCUGGUCUAUGGCGGCUCUGACAGUCUAGUCGACAUCAAUAUAAUGCUCAAGGAGCUACCUAGCCAUACGGUGGCAAAGGAGAUCCCGCAUUACGAACAUCUCGACUUCUUGUGGGCACAGUCAGUCAACGAACUUGUUUUCCCACAUGUCUUCGAGGCCCUGGAACAACACGCAGGCGCUGAUCCGGCGAAGCGAGAUCGAUGGCAGUCUCCUGCACGCUUCCGUGGCCUUCUGCCUAGCCCGGAAGACACAUCCAGUCCCCAAGACGAAGAGGGCGAAAGUUCUUCCAGCCCUGCCGCGCUUCGCGUCAAGAAGGUCUCACAGACAACGAGGAGAUCACCCUACACCGAUGGCGCUCUAGAGGAUGCGGCCAGCUUGCAUACGCCCUCUCCGAAGACUUCGCGCCUGCCACAGCUGAGGUCAGCUAACGCAUCAGCUAGCGAUCACAGGCGACCAUCAUCACAAAGUCCUGCCUCGCGCCCCAAGAUCACCCUCCGCUCUCCCACAAAUGUAAACCAAUCGCCAGCACCAUCGCUUGACGCAUCUCAGCUCACGAAUCAAACCUCAACCUCACGUCCUGAGGGCUGGUGGUCGUCUGACGAAGUAGCCGGCACCGAGCAUUCCCACCCUUCGACCCCAAAGACGCCUGUCAACGAUAAGAACAGAAGCCCUAGCAGAGCAAGCUUUGAACACGUACACGCAGCUCCGGGUCGAAGAUCGGAACAGGACGAUUCGGAGAAAAGGGCAUUAGUUUAGGUGUCGCAAAGGCGAUCAGCGGGCUGGUCGACGGUGAGGGACAUGGAGAAGGAAGCGGUGUCACCAAUAGCGGCGAGAAAUCUCUUGAAGCAAGUGCGGAAGAGAGGAAGAGAAAAAGGAAACUGUUGAAAAAGAAGGGUACGCCUGUGAAUCAGUAGAUCAAUGUCACAGAAUUGACUUGUUGUA